GGCUUCGUCUCUUACUGCGCAUGCGCGUAGAUUCCUCCAGCUCCCGAGGUGCCUUGCGGCGCAGAUGUCAGAGCAGACAUGGCGGCGCGCUUAGCAUGGCUUGUGCGGAGGAUUCGCCCGCUAAGGGUGUCCGGGCACCGCAGCUUGUGUGCAGGAGCUCCCGGCUCGUCCUCUAUCCGCUUCACAGACACAGAAGUACAGAGCAUCCUGAAGAAGAUCACCGGCCUGCACCUGGAGAAAGUAUUCCAGCCCCUCAAACAGGAAUCCAAGCCCCCCACCUAUAAGCUGAUGACCCAGCAGCAGUAUGAAGAGUCUCUCCAGAAAGCAGUGGUGGCUGCUCAGCAGUAUCUGGAGAUGCCCCCUAUGCCCAGUGAGCGGGAGCCAAUAGAAGAAACUCUGGCUGUGGAUGAGAUCCUUGAUGGCACAGAGACCACUAAAAUGGUGUUCACAGACAUAACAUAUAGCACCCCGCACCGUGAAAGGUUUAUUGUAGUAAGAGAGCCGGAUGGCGUCCUGAGGAAGGCCACAUGGGAGGAGAGAGACCGAAUGAUCCAGGUAUAUUUCCCACGUCAAGGUCGCAAAAUGGUUCCACCACCAGUCUUCAGAGAGGAAAACAUAAAGCGCUUGUUUCAGGAAGACCGACAUGAGGAGCUUCUGAACCGAUGCCUAGUCCAGUUUGAACCCGAUGCUGCAGACUACAUCAGGAUCCGAAACCAAACAUUCGAGGACCUUGACAGACAGGAAAAGUAUGACUUACUGCGAUCCACACGACACUUUGGUGGUAUGGUGUGGCACCUGUGUUCUCAAAAGAAGAUCGAUGGACUGCUUGUAGAUAUGCUUCAAAGAGACUUAUUAGAAGAUGCAGUAAGUUUGGUGCGACUAUAUCACAUGGUGCAUCCAGACACAACAUGUGCCAAGGAAUCCCAGGGAGCUGACGGCAGAGACCUUAUUAAGCUGUUUAUAAAAAUGGAGUCUCAGAGGCCGGGUUAUCUAGAACUAGCUCUUCAAGUCUACCCAGAGUCAGCUGCUGUAUCCUCCUGACAUCACAUCUGAAGUACUUCUGUGUGCCACCAAUGGACUCUGAACACUUUUCUUGUAUCUGUAUGUUAAUAAUGUUCAUGUCAUUUGUUUCUACAAAAAUAUAUCUAUUAAAACAAAAA